GCCCGCCGCCCGCCUCUCGCGGCCGCUCUCCCCCCUCCCCCGACACACACUCACAGGCCGGGCAUUGAUGGUAAUGUAUGCGAGGAAACAGCAGAGACUCAGUGAUGGCUGUCACGACCGGAGGGGGGACUCGCAGCCUUACCAGGCACUUAAAUAUUCAUCGAAGAGUCACCCCAGUAGUGGUGAUCACAGACAUGAAAAGAUGCGAGAUGCCACAGGUCCUUCACCACCAAAUAAAAUGUUGCGGAGAUCUGAUAGUCCUGAAAACAAAUAUAGUGACAGCACAGGUCACAGUAAGGCCAAAAACGUGCAUGCUCACAGAGUUAGAGAAAGGGAUGGUGGGACCAGUUAUUCUCCACAAGAAAAUUCACACAACCACAGUGCUCUUCAUAGUUCAAAUUCACAUUCUUCUAAUCCAAGCAAUAAUCCAAGCAAUAAUCCAAGCAAAACUUCAGAUGCACCUUAUGAUUCUGCAGAUGACUGGUCUGAGCAUAUUAGCUCUUCUGGGAAAAAAUACUACUACAAUUGUCGAACAGAAGUUUCACAGUGGGAGAAACCAAAAGAGUGGCUUGAAAGAGAACAGAGACAGAAAGAAGCAAACAGGAUGUCAGUCAACAGCUUCCCAAAAGAUUACAGAAGAGAGGUGAUGCAAGCAACAGCCACCAGUGGGUUUGCCGGUGGAAUGGAAGACAAGCAUUCCAGUGAUGACGGUAGUUUGCUCCCACAGAAUAUUUUGUCUCAAACAAGCAGACACAAUGACAGAGACUACAGACUGCCAAGAGCAGAGACUCACAGUAGUUCUACGCCAGUACAGCACCCCAUCAAACCAGUGGUUCAUCCAACUGCUGCCCCAAGCACUGUUCCUUCUAGUCCAUUUACGCUACAGUCUGAUCACCAGCCAAAGAAAUCAUUUGAUGCAAAUGGAGCAUCCACUUUAUCAAAACUGCCUACACCCACAUCUUCUGUGCCUGCACAGAAAACAGAAAGAAAAGAAUCUACAUCAGGAGACAAAUCUGUAUCACAUUCUUGCACAACUCCUUCUACAUCUUCCGCCUCUGGACUGAAUCCCACAUCUGCACCUCCAACAUCUGCUUCAGCAGUUCCUGUUUCACCUGUUCCCCAGUCACCAAUACCUCCAUUACUUCAGGACCCAAAUCUUCUUAGACAGUUGCUCCCUGCUUUGCAAGCUACGCUGCAGCUUAAUAAUUCUAAUGUGGAUAUAUCCAAAAUAAAUGAAGUUCUUACAGCAGCUGUGACACAAGCCUCCCUUCAGUCUAUAAUUCAUAAAUUUCUUACUGCUGGACCAUCUGCCUUCAACAUAACUUCCCUGAUUUCUCAAGCUGCUCAACUCUCUACACAAGCCCAGCCAUCUAAUCAGUCUCCGAUGUCUUUAACAUCUGAUGCAUCAUCCCCAAGAUCUUACGUGUCUCCAAGAAUAAGCACACCACAGACUAACACAGUUCCUAUCAAACCUUUGAUUAGUACUCCUCCUGUUUCAUCACAGCCAAAGGUUAGUACUCCAGUAGUUAAGCAAGGACCAGUUUCACAAUCAGCCACUCAGCAGCCAGUACCUACUGAGAAACAUCAAGGUCAUGAACCUGCUUCUCCAAGAAGUCUUCAGCGCUCAAGUAGCCAGAGAAGUCCGUCACCUGGUCCAAAUCAUACAUCUAGUAGUAAUGCAUCAAAUGCAACAGUUGUACCCCAGAAUUCAUCUGCCCGACCUACAUGUUCAUUAACACCUACGCUAGCAGCACACUUCAAUGAAAAUCUCAUAAAACAUGUUCAAGGAUGGCCUGCAGAUCAUGCAGAGAAACAGGCAUCAAGAUUGCGUGAAGAAGCCCAUAACAUGGGAAGCGUCCACAUGUCAGAAAUAUGUACUGAAUUAAAAAAUUUAAGAUCUUUAGUCCGAGUAUGUGAAAUUCAAGCAACCUUGCGAGAGCAGCGGAUACUGUUUUUGAGACAGCAAAUUAAGGAACUUGAAAAGCUAAAAUCAGAAUUCCUUCAUGGUGUGAAGAUGUGAAUAAUUGCACAUGGUUUUGAGUACAGGAACUAUAAAUCUGUUGCCCAAUCUUAACAUUUUUGAGCUGCAUUUAAGUAGACUUUGGACCGUUAAGCUGGGCAAAAGAAACGACAAGGGGAUGGGUCUUUGAGAGUCAAUUCAGGGGAAAGAUACAAGAUUGAUUUGUAAAACCCUUGAAAUGUAGAUUUCUUGUAGAUGUAUUCUUCACGUUGUAAAUAUGUUUUGUAGAGUGAAGCCAUGGGAAGCCAUGUGUAACAGAGCUUAGACAUCCAAAACUAAUCAAUGCUGAGGUGGCUAAAUACCUAGCCUUUUACAUGUAAACCUGUCUGCAAAAUUAGCUUUUUUUAAAAGGAAAAAAAAAAUUGGGGGGUUAAUUUAUCAUUCAGAAAUCUUGCAUUUUCAAAAAUUCAGUGCAAGCGCCAGGCGAUCUGUGUCUAAGGAUACAAUUUUGAACCAUAUGGGCAGUGUACAAAUAUCAUGAACCAACUGUUUCCACACUUGCACCUGAUCAAGAGCAGUGCUUCUCUAUUUGUUUUCAUUUCCCGUGUGUUCCAUUUCCUUCCGAAAUCCUCGGUCUGAUUUUAUCCAUUUUUUAAAGGCUCCUCUUUUUCUCCUUUCUUAAGGCACUGUUGCUAUGGCACUUUUCUAUAACCUUUUCAUUCCUGUGUACAGUAGCUUAAAAUUGCAGUGAUUGAGCAUAACCCACUUUGUUUGUAUAAAUUAUUGAAAUCCAUUUGCACCCUGUAAGAAUGGACUUUAAAGUACUGCUGGGCAUGUGUGCUGAAAGUACAUUGAUUGCUCAUAUAUGUGGAAAAUAGCCCAAUGAACAUGGUUGUGGGAGGGGAAAGAGGAAACAAAGCUAGUCAGAUGUGAAUUGUAUCUGUUGUAAUAAACAUGUUAAAACAAAC